GUGCUACAACCGUCACCGUCCAUUACAGCUGGGACAUCGCACAAUGACAGCAAAUUCACAACCUGUUAUCCUCCUGGAACCGCAUCCAACAGCGAGGAGCAUGGCAGUUGCUGCUUCACCGUUGGCUGCGGGUGAUCUUGUACACGCCGAACCCGUCUUGGCUUCCGCGCUCUUACAGUCUGAAAAGGGACGUAGAUGUGAUCUCUGCCAUAGACUGUCCUCGGACAGAGUACAACUACGAAGGUGUACCGGAUGUACUUCCUACUGGUACUGCGGAGCUGAAUGCCAACGCAAGCAAUGGAGCUCCCAGCACAAGAGAUUAUGCAAGAGAUAUCCCCGCUACAUGGCUUCUGAGGAAUACCAAGCAUUGUCCCAUCAUGACCAAGUGGAUGCUAUCCUCCUCUCGCACCUGAUUGCGGAGAGAUUCAUUGACGAUGGGGGCAACAUAUCGGCUGAAGGUGGAAGCUCGAUGUCGACUCUCAUGGAGCUGGUGGAGGCGCGUUCUGCUCCAACCACAAUCCCCCCUCUAUGCAACGCGAACGUGCCAUCGGACGUGCUCAGCACUGCGCACGCCAUUUACAACCGCUUUGGGAACAACAAUUUCGUGGUGCAUUCACACCUGAACUCCUACGCACAUGGUAUAUUCCCGUUUGCUAGCAGAUCGUUCAACCACUCUUGCGUGCCAAACGCUGUCGUCAAGUAUAUCAUCACGCCGUGUCAUCCUGUACGGAUGGAGGUUAUUGCUUUGCGAGAUAUCGCAAGAGGCGAUGAGAUUACAAUUCCAUACUUGGAUCCUGCUUUGCCCCAUAAUACUCGUCAAGAAGCUUUAUUUCACAAUUACGGGUUCACAUGCAACUGCGAUCUGUGUGCCUAUACCGGGACAUUUGACUCUCCGGCCUUGCCAACUCGAGGAUCCGAUGAACUCGCUGAAAUCGAGGCCGACUUGCGCCGCUUCGCUCUAGGCAGUUCUGAUAGACUUGACCUCCGAAUGAUGGCUUCUGAUCGGCCUCGUUCCGUCAAGAUCCCCAGACGAUUUGCGCCUCUCUUACAUGAGACCUAUCUGCCUGAUACAUCUGAGUUAUUCAGCAAAGCUUCGCACGAAGGAGAUUAUUUGAAUGCUCUGUCAGCUGGGCUUACCCUGCUUGCGUUUUAUGUCGUGGUGUAUCCCACGAAUUACCCUCAGAUAGGGAUGCACGCACUGGAGUUAUCUAAGACGGCAUGGAAUGCGAUCGCCACCAACGCACACAUUCUCGGAUCGGAUGCGAGAUCUCUGGAAGACGCCAUGCAAUCAUACCUCGCGGCGGCGUCUCGCAUCCUCAAUAAUUUCGGACCGGAGGGCGACGAAGCCGGUCCUCUCGAGGAAAUUCGCGUUUUGCAGGAGCUAUCGAGGACUCGGUGAUCUAUGCCGAUUUGUCCUCAUCGCGGGCGACCGCAUGUUUCCAAUACCUCGCUUACCAUUGGCGUCACCGCAUGCUGCACUCCCGAGGAUCAGCGCGAACCCGGGGAUCAAGCUAAUGAUGACCCUGCAGUCGCCAUCGUUCAUACAAUGAUUCGGCGGGCGGAGUCCUGGUUAGUACAUUGUACAAUACCGGCCGCGAUGUCAUCAUCAAUAUGCUUAGUCAUCACCAC